AUGAGACGCGAAGGCUGCAGACCAAACGCAUCAACGUACGUCGCGGUGCUGAAAGCUUGCAGCAGCAGUAUUCCUUCCAGUCUAGACCUUGGGAGCGAAGUCAAGGCUCUGAUCUACCGUGGACCCACCCUAGUUGACUUUCACGGCAACGCUGGAGACAUGGUUUCCGCUCUCCAGGUAUUUGACUCGCUAGCGGGAGAUGGUGACGAGGCCUGGAGUGCGCUGAUCGCCGGAUACAGCAGGCAAGGGGACGCAAGCCAAGCGCUGACGCUGUUUCGCGAGAUGGUAAACUCUGGCAUUAAACCGAAUGGUAUCACAGCUCUCGCAGUUCUAACCAUUUGCAGCCAUGCUGGUUUCGUCGAGGCAGGGAAGAAGUUCUUCCACGAAAUGCCAUCCAGAUACGGCCUCAUCCCCGAAGAGGAACACUUCCACUGCGUUGUCGAUCUUCUCAGCAGAGCAAACCAGCGGGAAGAAACUCUCGCGCUGGGUCAAGGUAUGACGAAGCGCUGGAACUUUGAAGCAAACGAAGUAACUUGGACUACCAUUACAGGCACUCGCGGAGUGGAAUCCAGGAGUAGAGACGCUACGCUUGUCGCAAACCAAGAAUGGCCGUCGUGA